CAGGGGGGUGGGGAGGCAGGCAGGUAUAUAGGCCCUGCCUCCCCGGCCAGGCCAGCCCCAGACGCAAGGACGGAGGCACUGACCAGGCCACCCUCCCACCGCUCCACCAUGAAGCUGCUGGCACUCACAGCACUGCUCCUCACUGUCUGCAGCCUCGAAGGGGCUUUGGUGCGGAGGCAGGCAGAGGAGUCGAGCGCGUCGAGCCUGUUCUCACAGUACUUCCAGACCGUGACCGAGUAUGGCAGAGAGCUGGCGGGGAAGGUCAACAGCCAGCACCUUCAGGCCCAGGCCAAGGGUUACUUGGAGAAGACACAGAAGGAGCUGGAACCCCUGGUCGACAAGGUUCAAAAUGACCUGAUGAGGUUGUUUGAUUACUUCGUGGGGUUCACAGCACAGGCGGAUGCCCAGCCAACUGCCGCUGCCUCCUAGAGCGCCCUCUGGCUAGGCCUCCUCCCUCCCCACUCUUUGUUUCUGCAAUAAAUGGGAAAGGGAGUCCA